AUGGAAAGUGAUAGCGAAGCCAGUGAUGUUAUUUCUAUAAAUAAACGGAGAAGACAAGACAAUGUAGAAUCUGACAGUGAUUUAGAACAAAUUGUUUUUCCACGUCGGAAUCGGCGUAGAAUUAUAUCUGACGACGAGGAAGAUGUUCAGAAUGAGAAUAGAGAAAGGAAUGUUUCAUCCCAGGAAUGGAUUUGGAAAGACGCGGAAAAUAUAACGCAAGUAUGGGAAUAUUCAAGAAUAUCUAGAAUACAUAUUCUUGUUGGGCAAAAUGUCACAGCUUUACAAAUGACAAGAGAAGUAUUAGCAGAAGACUUUUGGAAAAUUAUUGUGACAGAAAUUAAUCGUUACGCCAGUCAAACACUACAAAAUGAAAACCGCAAAUUACGAAAAUUUGAAGACAUUUGGUGGGACACCAAUAUAGAUGAAGUACAUGCGUAUUUUGCUUUGUGCAUUUUGAUGUCCCAAGUCAAAAAAUCUACUGUGCAGUCAUAUUGGUCUAAAAGAAGCGUAAUCGAGACACCAAUAUUUCGAAAAACAAUGCCCUAUUGGAGAUUUGCACAAAUUUCACGCUUUUUGCACUUUACUGAUAACGAAGUUGUAAACGAUAAUGACGAUCGUUUAUGUAAAGUGCGGAGUGUAAUCGAUUAUUUUAAUGAGAAAUUUCAAAAUAUUUGCACUCCCGCGGAAUACAUUUCGUUAGAUGAGUCGCUAAUGAAGUACACGGGUCGGAUCUCGUACAAACAGUAUAAUCCGUCCAAAAGAGCACGUUUUGGAGUGAAAUUUUAUAAGUUAUGUGAAUCCAAGUCGGGUUAUUGCAUUAAAUUCAAAAUCUACACUGGUCAAGAUUUAGACAGAAAUGCGAAUGUAGGUGUCUCCGAAAGCGUCACAAUGCUUAUGUCCACAGUACUAACUGGUUACGGGCAUACUCUAUUUUUGGACAAUUGGUAUUCUUCGCCAAGCCUAUUUCAAAAGUUACAGUCUAGAAAAAUUAAUGCCAUAGGAACAGUGAGAUGCAAUAGGAAGAAUAUGCCUAAAGAACUCGCAGCUGCAAAACUAAAACGUUCUGACGUGAUAUCGCGCUCCUGUAAUGGAAUUUUGGUUGCAAAAUGGAAAGACAAAAAAGACAUAUAUGUAAUGUCCACGAAACAUACAAAAAUUGAGAUGGUCGAAGUGGAAAAAAAGAGGUGGAAAAAUAAUAAUAGCCUUACAACAAAGCCUAACAUCGUUUUGGAAUACAAUGAGGGUAUGGGUGGAGUGGAUCUGCAAGAUAGUUAUUUAUCAUCUUUUAAAUUAAUGAGAAAAUACUUUCGAAUCGAUGUAGCCGAACAGAUUUUAGAAACAGUAUGUCUUCCUGAUUACCAAAGACGUGGAAGGAUGUCUGCUGGAAAUGCUCCGAGUCGCUUACAAGCGAAGCAAUGGGGACAUUUCCCAAGAAAUAUACCACCUACAAACGCCAAAAAAAAUCCACAACGGAGGUGCGUAGUAUGCGCUAAACAUAAAAAACGGAGUGAAACUGCAUGGGAGUGUAAAACAUGUCUUGUAGCGUUACACAUUCCAAGUUGUUUUGAAAAGUAUCACACCCUGCAAGAUUAUUAA